AUGGGAAGAACCUUUGGAAAUAAGAAUUUGACUGAUAACGACAAAAGAGCCAUCGUUGUGGGUCGUCAAAAUGGACUGACCAUGAUGACGUUGGCAGGAAUGUUCGGCGUGACAGAGGCGGGCAUUUCUCAGUUCCUAAAGCGUCAGAAAGCUCAAGAUGGCUCUACUAACAGCCAACGCACUGGAAGACCACGUGUCACUGAUCGUAAUGACGAUAGGAACAUUUUGAAGACGUCUAGAACCAAUCCAAGACUCACCGCCCCUGCGAUCAGACGGGAAGUUUUCUUGAAUUCGCCAUCUCCGCCAUCCGUCUCGACCGUGAAACGACGUCUGAAUGCUGCUGGAAUCAUGGGAAGACGUCCAGUGAAGAAACCGCUGAUUUCUGAAAAGAAUCGAGCCGCCAGGGUGAAGUGGGCGAAGGAGCAUCUCAACUGGACCCGUCAAGACUGGAACAAGAUUCUGUGGUCCGACGAAAGCAAGUUCCUCCUCUUCGGGAGUGACGGAAUUCAGUGGGUUCGUAGACCAAUUGGGUUCAGAUAUCAUCCGAAAUACCAAUUACCCACCGUGAAACAUGGUGGAGGUUCUUGCAUGGUGUGGGGCGCCUUCUCUGGAAGUGGCAUCGGACCGCUUCAUCGCGUGAACGGCAUCAUGGACAAGCACGUCUACAAAGACAUUCUCCAGAACCAGAUGUUGCCGCACUUGAGAGCCAUGGGCCGUGGGAGUGUUUAUCAACAGGAUAACGAUCCCAAGCCCACUUCACUGUUCGUCAAGGUGAGAAAAUUGACAAGUAAUUCGUAUGGUUUUGAAACUCAGGACUGGUUCAAGGGCCGUCGGGUCAAUGUCAUGGGGUGGCCAAGUCAAUCUCCGGACCUGAACCCGAUCGAACAUCUCUGGGAAGAGUUGGAGCGACGUUGUGCCAACAAAAAGAGCCAAGAAUUGCAACGAGAAGUUUGCUCAACUGCUGUCUGAAUGGAAUCAGAUCCCCAUGUCUACCAUCGACACUUUGCUCAAUUCUAUGCAGAGAAGAUGCCAGGCAGUGAUUGACGCCAGGGGCUUCGCAACCAAGUACUAGGUCCCGAAUAUUGUUUUUAACAAUGUUUUUGUGUUGAUAAAAAAAUUUUUUUGUUGAGCUAUGAUUUUUUUAAUUGAAAAUAGCAAAAAUUCGAUUUUUUUCGAAAAUUCGUUUUUUUCUCAAAAAAAUUAUUAUUCUUUGAGCUAGCAACUUGAAAUUUUUGCCAGAACACGUAUGUCUCUCUCAGAAAAACUAUGAAAAAAUUUGAAUCGAUAUCGCAUUUCAAAAAAAUUUAUCCCCAAAAAAACCAAAACUUAAUAGACUUUUUGAGCGGUACUGUACAGCGCGGGAAACAUCGUUGGGGCGGCCACGUCAUCCGCAGACAAGACGACCGCUGGUCCACGAGAUUAACACACUGGAUUCCGAGAUACAUCAAGCGCCCACUCGGGCGCCCACCGACCAGAUGGACGGACUAUUUCCGCAAGAACAUCAGUCAGCCAGGCCGCCACUGGAUGACCGUCGCGCAAGACCGAGCCGCCUGGAGAACGUGUGGUGUACGCUGAGAAGCGAAGAUGGACCAUCAAAGUAUCAAAGUAAGUAAGUUCACGAUCAGUUGGUUGUUCCAUAGCCCACUAAAGUGGCCACUUCGGAAGUUCAUGGUUAUAGUCGACCUCGAGUCACGUGCGAAAAGUUUAGUGGCUACUUAAGGGUUCUGAAUUUUAAUGGCCACUAUAGUGGUCGAAUCAGUAGCUGGCUAAAAUUCAGUGGCCACUUUAGCGUCCUCUUCAAGUAGUCCUUGAGGAACCUUUUGAAAGGCUACUAGAGAUUUUUACAUCAGAAUAACAGAACUUAGGAAAUCGAAUAUUCAAAUGAUUUUUAAAAUUCGAAGCAGCUUUAUUUUUACAAAAACAGAAAUUUCAUUCAUCGGGCUCACAGACGAAUUCCUUGUUUUCCUCAUCAAUCGUUUUUUUGUAGCCAUCGCAGCAGUUUUCGCGGGGGAAGAGGCAGAUUUCGAAGUUGCACGGCGCCUGACGUUCGCUAUCGCCUCUGGAAUCGGAAGGUUUGCUGGUUUGAGUUUGGAAGAAAUUACUGGGAAAGCCCUAGUGGCCACUUGAGGUGUUCGUCAAAGACUACUUGGGGAGGGCAUCUCUAUAGAAGCCACUAAACAGCGUCUUAGUGGCCACUAUAGUAGUUUGAACUGGUCUAAGAGUGCCAAUUAGACUUCUAAAGAGGCCACUGACUAUUAGUCACUUAGGGGACCAUUAAUUCGACGACUACAGUGGCCACUGAAAAGUCAAAAGCCUAAAGUGGCCACUUAAAUUUUCCCAGUCGAAGGAAAAUGAAAUGAAAUUGAAGCUCAAUGUCACCAGAAGACCUGAAAAUGUGACGUCACUGUACAAAAUUCUUCACUUUGAUCGAUAAAUUCAAAGUGAAGGGUCUAUCUAAUUCAGAUUUUUUUCCUGAUUCUGAAUCUGAAAAAAACAGAUUUUUGGCUCAACAAAAGUCCCACGCAUUAGCUCAAAAAAGCGCUGCGCCAAAAUUCUUCUAUUCACCAACAUUCAAUAGAAGUUUUUCGAAGGUGAGCGCAAAAAAUAACUUUUCAAAUUGAGGUAAACAGCAAUAAUAACUCUUUGGGAGAACGAAAGUUGGUCUGAAUUUGAGGAGAGGAUUUUUCUUUGAAGUUUGGUCAAGUGACCCGAAUUUUUGACUUGUUGAAUAGAGAAUGACUGUAGAAAUCUCUAGUGGCCACUUAAGGGGUCUUAAAUACUACUUGGUGAGGUCACUGAAGUGGCCACUAAAUCACCGCUACAGAAGCUUCUAUUUUACAUUUCGUCACAGUUUUUAAUGGCCUAGCUCCACUCAGACUUCUAAAAAGGUCCCUAAUUUAUAGUCACUCAAGUGGCCACUACUUUAAUGAACGCUAAAACUUCAAAACUUUUCAAAAAUCUUCCCGGUAACUCUACUUUCAUUCCAGAGGUUGCGGAGAUCUCUUCAAAACUCCAAAUUCUCUCUCUCCCAAUAAAAAUCUGGCCAAGGCGGAAGUUUCCGUCACCAAAAACCUAUGA